CCGGUUGUGUGCCAAAAAACCGGUUCGACGUCUCUCCGCGCGUGACGAUGAAGAAGAAGAGGAAGAGGAAGUGAAGCGCCGUGUUGUUGCUUUUUGCUCUUUGCGACGUUUCAUUUUUCAAUUCUUUUCUCUCCCCGUGUUUCUGUCGCAACACCGAGCAUGAAUAUGUUCAGAAGAGAGAAAGGCUCGACGACCCCGACCCCGGUGGUGCCGCCCCGCCCCAGCAAGGAGGAUCUGGACCACCCCGUCGAGUACGGCCCCCCCAGGCCGGACGCCGGCAGUGAGGUGGCAUGCGAGCUCAACCCGAAGACCAAGAGAACGGGGGUGAUGGGAGUCAUGCACAAGGUCAACCCGUUCAAGUCCACCUCGCAGCCUCCCUCCAUAGUCGUCAACGCUGCUUCCACCGAGUCCCUAGAACAGGGAGCAGAAACCACUCAGAACCCGGGUAUGCUGAGAGGGGUCAUGCAGAAGGUCAACCCGUUCAAGUCUUCCUCGCCGGCCCCGUGCACGGUCGGCCGAGCCUCCGAGUCACUGGAACCGGGAGCCGACCCCCCGAAGAGCCCCGGUGUGCUGAGAGGGGUCAUACAGAAGGUCAACCCAUUCAAGUCGGCCUCCCAGGUCUCUAAAGCUGCUUCUUCGGAGUCUCUGGAAGCGGGCCGGGUUUCGGACUCCGGUCAGAACCCCGGGAAGGUGAAAGGGGCGAUGCAGAAAAUCAACCCGUUCAAGUCUCCCGCGCAGGCGCCACGGAGCGAUCCCCGAAAGGGUUCCGCGGAUCCGCCGGAGACGGGGACAGAACCGAAUGCCAAGCCUCUGCACGGCGACCUCUCCUCCAGCAGCGGGAGCUUGACGGACGGCAAAGACGUGCCAGAGAAGGAGAGCCCCGGGAUGUUCAGAGGGAUGAUGCAGAAGGUGAACCCCUUCAGGUCGUACGCACAGAAGCCAGACGAGGAAUGUCAGGCCGACUCGUCUUCUUCGUUGGUGACGCAGAUCUCCUCCAGCUCCGACAGCGGUGACGACGACGGCUCCGCCCCCGACGGCUCCGCCCCCGACGGCUCCGCCCCCGACAGCUCCGCCGUAGACGGUUACACCAUUUGGUACGCCGACGCCGACGCCGGCCACGAGGUGAAGGGCCAGCCGAAGAAAAGAGCCACGACGUUCCGGAUACGCAGGAUUCUGCCGGCUGCCUUGUUUGGGUCUGGAACAAAGGACUCGUCACCUGACACUCAAGCCCCGCCCCCAGAAGUAGUGGAAGUCCAGACUUUAGAGAUGGCCGAAGUGCCAGAGCACAUUGAAGGAACGGUCCUGGACCCUCUAGACGAGGAGGAAGGCCUUAUAGGGUGGUGGAGAUCCGUAGACGGCUGGGAUCAGUGGAACGAGGGCAUGCAGGAAGAUGAGCCUGAAGACGUGGUGGAACAAGCCGCGGAUCGCGUCUUCUUGGCGGCGCGUCUCUUCGUCCGCUUCUUCAACCAGCGCGGCGCCUCCCUGCAGCAGCGAAUCCUGGAGCUGCUGUCUCUGGCCGACUCGGCGGACGCCUUCCACAAGAAGGCGGUCAAGGCCAGCGUCGGCGGCGGGGUGGCCAGCGUCGCCGGCUCCAUCACGACCAUCACCGGCCUCGUCUUGGCGCCCUUCACCAUGGGGGCGUCGCUCAUCGUCACGGCGGUCGGCAUCGGGGUGGCGACCGCGGGCGGGGUGGCUUCCGCAUCGGCCAACAUCACCGACACGGUGCAUUCCAAGACGGACCGCAAGAAGGUGGAGAAGGUCAUCCACGAGUACGAGGGCGACAUGAAGGACAUCAGGGAGUGCCUGGAGUUUCUGCAGGAAGGGAUGGAGAUGCUGGAGGAGUGGAACUUUGAAAAGUAUGCCGAGAACAUCUCCAAGAAUCACCUCAACCAGAACGUCAAACACGUCAUGAAGGAGGGCGGCCGGGCCGGCAAGGCGCUGGUGGUCAACACGGAGAGCCUGAUCAGCACCGUGCAGGUGCUCAGUGUGGCAGGCGGCGCCGCCAAGGCCGCCCAGGUGAUGAGCAUCACCACGGGGGUCAUGUCCGGCCUCUUCCUGGCCCUCGACGUCUUUUUCCUGGCCAAAGACGCCAAGGAGCUCAAGAAGGGAGCCAAGACGGAGUUCGCCGUCAAGAUCCGAGAGGUGUGCAAGGACCUGCAGGACGGGCUGCUGGAACUGAACCGCAUCAAGGAGCAGCUGCAGAGGACCAUCGACGGCAUCGAGGUGGAGGUCGACGAGGAGGAAGAGGACGAAGAGCUGCUGAAGUCUGAGCUGAAGAAACUUGUGGAGUUUGAAGAAUGAAGGACCAACAAACAGAAGGAAGCCUUUCUUGAUACCAAUGCCAAAAACAAACUCAACUCGUCCUGUCA